AUGUUUGUUGUGUGGCAGUACUCAGGAGGUGGAAGUUAUUCCUGUGUGAAGGAAGGGCACGGAAUCUGUAUUGGCUUAGGCGGCUGGCUCUCUCCUUCACUCCUUGGAUCCCCUUCUUCAAAAUCUCCCAAUCCCCAAUUCCUUGUAUCCUCGUGUGUAAUCGAAGUAUCGAACCAGAUUGAUCGAAGAACCAAGAGGGAGCGGUACCACUUCCCUCCCUGGGCCUGGCCCAUCUCGCUGCCGAGCGCCCCAACCCCGUCGCUCGUCUUCCUCGCGCGAGCGCCGCCACCCCUCCCUCACCAUCCCGCUGCCGAGCGCCCCAGCCCCCCUCGCUCCGUCGCUCGUCUUCCUACUCGCGCGAGCGCCGCCACCAGGACAGAGUCUCUCCAUCAGCAUUUGAUGGCAGGAACCGCUGCUUUAGAUCCUCGACGGGCUGAGGCCGCUAGCAAGCAUGUGAGGGCACUUAAUACCCAGUUUGCAAGCUGGGUACAGUUACAGUUGCAAAAUCAUCCAGCUGAACUUUGGGAGGACGGCAUCAAAGAUUACAUAUCCCAUGCUUCUGAAAUCAUGGAAAAAUUCAAGGAUGUUGUCAAUUGGCUUAGACAAAAUAAAGCAGGUAGAAUAGAUGUUUCAUCCCCAAGUCCAGCCAAGGAUGACAAGACUACUUCACCGGCAACUGUAGGCACCAGGUUUGUGGUACAGUCAGGUUCAGAUAAUGGACAGAAGGGUCCAACUACAGAAAGCUUCCCUGCUUUUCAGAACUCGAGCUCACAGAAUGCGUUCUCAUUCUCUUCUCAUAAGCAAGCACCAGCUUUUAGCGGCAUAUUUGGUGAUAAGAACGACACGCCUGGUGACAGCAGUAAAUCGACUUUCCAGUUUAGUGCAAAUAAUGGCUUUUCGACAACUACUCCAUCCAUUUUUUCUGCUCCAGCUUCACAGAGUUUUAGCAUGCCGACCCCAACACUUUUUUCAGUGAACCAACAACCUACUUUCACUGGAAAUAAAAAUGCUGUUGAAGUCUCAGGUGAUGCAGAUGAAGAUGCUGAAGCUGAGCAACCAAGCAGCCCUUCUGUAAAGAAGGCAGAAGAGAAAGGAAUAGUUGUUGUUCAUGAAGCCAAAUGCAAGGUGUACGUGAAGCAUGAUGAUGCUUCCAAGGGUUGGAAAGACAUUGGUGUUGGUCAGCUCUCCAUCAGAUGUAAAGAGGGUGCAGAGAGAGCUUCGAAAGAGUCCAGUCCAACAGUUGUGAUUAGAAAUGAUGUCGGCAAAAUUCUUCUGAAUGCCCUGAUCUACAAGGGGAUAAAAAUGAGUGUUCAAAAGAACACAGUUGCCUCGAUAUUUCAUACUUCUGAUGCACAGUCAAGUGAAUCGGACAGUGGUGCGGUUGUAGCUCGACCAUACUUAUUCCGGCUGAGAAAUGAGGAAGCGGCCACAAUGUUGUCAGCAGCAAUGAAAGAGAAUGCACCUUUAGACUGACUCUUCAUGGCUUUGUAUUAUUAUCUCAAGAGGUUUGCUUUUGGCAAUAGUGGUAAUGUUUAGAGGGGCUUGGUAACUUCUUCCGAUGGGCCAAAAGAUGCCCUGUGGAGUUUUUGCCCCCGAGUUACAACUAAGAAGCACACCGAGAUAAAAUUUUGUGUUGCCUGUAAGUCUAGCUGACCAUGUAUCAUCUUUUCUUCCCUGAUUGUAUCAUCCGUUGGUGGCACUAGUAAGGUUAUUUAAACAUGGGGUAGAGCGUCACUUAGUGUCACCUGGCUGUGGCAGAAACCUUGUCAUGGCAAUGGUCCAAAUCACAUGGUUGAAAACUUCACUCGACAGAUCCAUCCACAUGGACUUUAAAACUUGUUGCAGUUAAUUUUCCUAUAUGUAUGCUUGUUUAUUGUUUU